UGUGUGUGUGUGUGUGUGUGUGUGUGUGUAUAACGGAGCAGCGGCCACAUCACACAGCGUUUCCCCGCUACAUUGUCGCCGCUCUGUUUUCAUGUCUGCGCGGUGAAGGUACCGGAGCGCGAGGCAGCGGGCGGUUGAUGCGCGCGUGCCGUGUCGUGUCUCAUCACCGAGCCGUUAAAGCAGAAUUUUCUGUUUCUUCUCCGUCAUUUUGUUCCCUCUGUGUCUCGGAGCUCCUUCAACUCCACUGGGCUGGAGAUUUGUUUGAUCGUUUUUUUAACUUCAUUGAUUAUCAUUAGAAGAGUUUUAUUGGGACCCGCAGCCUUUAGUCCCCGGAGCAUCAGUGUGAGCAUCACGAGGAGGAAAUAAAGUUUAUAAAUGGUGGAGGCUGUAGUGGAGUUUGACUACCAGGCCCAGCACGAUGACGAGUUGACCAUCGCCAUCGGUGACAUCAUCAGCAACAUCAGGAAGGAUGAGGGGGGCUGGUGGGAGGGCGAGGUGGACGGCCGGAGGGGCCUGUUUCCAGACAACUUUGUUAGGGAGAUUAAAAAAGAGAUAAAGAAGGAGCUCAGCUCGGCCUCUCAAGCGUCCAGAUCGGAUCUGUCCAACGGCAGCCCCAGUCCCAGAUCAGAAUCCAGCCUCAGACCUGCCAAGAAAGGAGAGGCUAUACGGAAGAGACGCUGCAAAGCCGCUUUUAGCUACAUCCCACAGAAUGAAGAUGAGCUGGAGCUCAAGAUCGGAGACGUUAUUGAGGUCCUGGGAGAGGUGGAGGAGGGCUGGUGGGAAGGAAGUCUUAACGGUAAGAUCGGGAUGUUCCCCUCCAACUUCACUAAAGAGCUGCCAACUGAGUCAGAGGAUCUGGCAACCCCACCUGAGGACACGCGCAGCACACGGACCAGUGUGAAGGACAGCACAGGCUCGGAGAGUGACGGUGGAGACAGCAGUAGUGUGCGUUCAGAUGUAGGCAGCGCCACCUCCAGCAGCGAGAUUCAGCCCAAGAAGGUGCGCGGCUUCGGAUUCGGUGACAUCUUUAAAGAUCAGCCCAUUAAACUCCGCCCACGAUCCAUGGACCUGGAAAACGAACUGGAGAAGCUGCCAGUAAAGAAACCAACGCUGUCUGUUCCUCAGGACGCCAUGAAAACAGAACCUGAAAACAAGCCUAAAGCAAAGGAGUUCUGUAAAGUGUUAUUCCCGUACGAAGCCCAGAACGAGGAUGAGCUGUCAGUCAAAGAGGGAGACAUCGUUAGCAUCAUCAGUAAGGACUGUGCGGAUGCAGGCUGGUGGCUCGGGGAGCUGAACAGUAAACAGGGUGUGUUUCCCGACAACUUUGUGAAGCUCUUUGUUCCUGAGGUGGAGAAAGAGAGGCCUAAGAAACCGCCUCCUCCUGCAGCUCCUUCCACUAAACACAUCACAGACAAAAAGCCAGAGAUUAAAAAGGUUCCUCCUGAGCGGCCCGAGUCUCUUCCACAGCGUGUCGAGGAGAAAGGUGAUGAUAUCAAGUUGGUCGAGGUCCAGCAGAAGGUGGUCUUUCCACCAAAGAAGCCUUUACCCCCAAAGGGCAAUGUCUCCAUGAACCGGCCCUCAUCUGUUCCCCCGAAGCGACCCGAGAGACCGGCGGCCCCCAGCAUACAGUCUGACAGUUCUGGUGUAGCUUCAGAUCGGACGUCUUUGGACAAACCGGGUGAAACUGAUAUAGACGAAUUCGACUCCAUCGUCUCCUCCACAGAGAAGCUGAGUCACCCCACUGCCUCCAGACCUCGAGUCACAGACCGAAGACCUCGCUCUCAGAUCUUCACAUCUUCCUCUCUCCUGAGCAAUGACCUCCUGGACUCGCUGUCUUCGGAAAACGAACAGAAAGAGAGGGAGAAGGGGAAGGACGAGCCGGACUCAUUCCCUCCCAAAUCUCUGGACAGCACCAGAAAGAUGCCAAAAGCACUGCCUGUCAUCACAGCUCCUGAGAAGUCCUCCAAACCCUCGACUCUAACCACAGCUCCCGGCGCCGUGGCCCUCAGGCCUCACUCUCCCUCCAUGGAGUCCAAGAUGAAGAGUGAGCAGGGAUCAACCGUGUUGGAGGAGCUCAGAAUUCAACUACGAGACCUGAGGUCCACCGUGGAGCUGAUGAAGAGCCAGCACAAACAGGAGAUGAAACAGCUUGUGAGUGAACUUGACGAGGAGAAAAAGAUCCGCUUGUCCCUGCAGAUGGACGUCGAGAACAUAAAGAAAGUUCUCUCCAAAUAAACGCACGUGAUUCAAGGUGGUUGGUGGCAAAUGGCAGAAACUCUGAAAGGCUGGCAGACGGAUUCGUGCCAAAUAAAGA